CAUUAUUACAUCCUUCCCCAUCGCAGUCUCUCACAUGCUGUCAGGCUGCGGUUGGCCAUGAUCCUCUCUUUCUGCUCAUCUUCAUGUCUUCUUAUUUAUGUGCUUCCUUUAUUUCUGUUACCAUUUUUAUCCUUAACACCUUUGAGAUUCACACUUUUAGUUCUAGAUGCACUCAUAAAACCAGCCCGCGGACUCUUUGAUGAUGUUUUAAUGACAUUGUAUGUUGGUGUGCUUUCUCCUAGGGCUUCAGUAAGGCUGGCACUUUCGCCACCGCUGACGCUGACGGGGGUUUGGGGGCUUCAGGCUGACGUCUUGGUGCUUUGAUGAGGUAACGGCGGACCCCAGAAGCCCAGCCCCUGCGUUGCACCACCCCUUCCCUCUCCCCUCCUCCCUACCCCUUUCCAACCAGCCAAGCCAUGGGCCAGAAGAUCUCGGGGAGCAUCAAGUCCGUAGAUGUGCGAGGGGAGCCGUCCUACAGACCCCUGAGGAGGGAACUGAGAGGGCCGGAUUUCUUCAAGCCAGCCCGGCUGGACCUACUCCUGGACAUGCCCCCCGCUCCGUAUGAGCAGCAGCUCCGACAUGCCUGGAACCCAGACGACCGCUCGCUUAAUAUCUUCAUCAAGGACGAUGACAAACUCACCUUCCAUCGACACCCUGUUGCCCAGAGUACCGAUGGCAUUCGUGGAAGGGUGGGAUACACGCGAGGACUCCACGUUUGGAGGAUCCAUUGGCCUGCUAGGCAACGGGGCACACAUGCGGUGGUGGGCGUGGCCACAGCAGAUGCCCCGUUGCACUCGGUGGGCUACACUUCUUUAGUUGGCAGUGAUAGCGAGUCCUGGGGC